AUGAAAAACGCAAAAAGAUUCAGCUGGUCUGAAUAUUUUGGUAAUAUAGAUAAAACUGAUCGAACUCAGAAUGGAACUGCAUUAUAUGACAAACUAAGUUCUAACAAUUAUUACAUUUUUGUUUGCAUUUUUGAAAAUUGUACAGAAAACGGUGCAAUUUAUAUCCUUAGAUUGAACGAAAUAUACACAUUAAUUGAAGAUUCCGUAUUUACUAGAUGCCAGUCCGAUACAGAUGGUGGUUCUGUUAACUAUCGCUGCAGAGGAUAUGGGCAUUUUGUUCAACAACGAAAUUUUCAUUCCGAAUCAAUUACACAGAGAGAAUGUAAUGUAUUUGUUCAAGAAGUUAAAGACUCUCUUACUAAUAAAAACUAUGCUUUUGAUAUUUCAGUUUCAAAAUGCGGAGAAAAUGAAUCAGAAAGAUAUGCAACAUUUCUAAUUGAAUCUGGUGAUGUCCAAAUUAAGAAUAUCAAUAGCACUUACAACAAAUGCGGUUCUUGUUCAUCAAUAGUUAAUCGCCUUAAUGGAAAAUCAGGUUCCUGUAAUUUCUCAACAUUCAGAGAAAACAACCAAAUUGAAAGUUAUUCUCUGAUGUUUGAGAGUAAUACUCCUUCAGAAAUACAAACAGUUUCUUAUUGCAAUGUUAUUGGAAAUAAAUGCGGAACAGACAGUGAUCAAAUUCUAUUUAUUUGUUGGCACAAUACUACUGUUGAUCAUUGCGUAAUUUUAAAUAACAUUGCAGUAUAUAUGUUUCAGAUUGCAAGGGAUAAUUGUGCAUUGGCUAUUACUGAUUCAUGUAUUCAAUCGAAUUCAAAAUCAGGAGAAGGAACUGUUACAUUUGAAAGAGUUAAAUAUUCCAUAUUUGACUCAAAAAAUUGUUUCAUUAAAUCAAAAGUAUUGACUGCUAAAGUUUCUUGUUUUUGGGCAUUUGCAGAAUUUUCAAUUGCACUGUAUGCAAAAAGGCAUUAG